CAUUAAGCCAUUGGUAUUGUUUCCUUUAUCCUUUCAUUAGUCAAAUCCAAAUGGACGUAAAAGAACCCACACUACUGUUCAAAAAGAGUAGGGGAAGUUUCUGUGGUGGUGUGAUCUACCUUUGAUGCAUCACAAAUCAUUCAUAUCAUGGGUAAUGGGUGGGUUACAGAAAGCUCAUAAAUGGACUGAUAGUGGCUGCCAGUGGCACCCUUGUUUGUUGAGGUGUGUGCUUACUGUUGACAUGUUUAAUACAUAAUGUAAAGAGGCCAUGUCUUGUUGUCCUUUAAUCCAAGACAUAAUGUACAUUACAUGAUUGAGAUUCUUUUUUCAGUUGACGACUACGUUUGUACACUACACAAAGUUUUUGUCCAUUCCUGAGUCCUAUGUGAAUCUUCGGCAGAUCCCAGGGACCUUACUUACUGCAAUAUGUUUGAAUUUUUUAGUAAGUUCAGUUGACCUAGCUUAUCUAUCUAUACAAAUUUAAACCCAUAUUUUUUUACUCAUGUUAGGCCGACAGAAUUGGGCAACACUGAUUUGUGAGUGGAAACAAGUUUCUCAAUGAAGCAUAAACAAUAUAAGGUUUACACAAUAUUUCUAUGUUGUAUAUUGUAUGAAACUACCCAUACUUCAAGAAAACCUCCUGCACAAGUCUUAAGGGAACAACAGGGAUAAUAUAAAAUCUAUUCAUUCAUUUAACCAGUCUUAACUUGUCGUAUUUCAGAUUCCCCAGCCACUUGAGCCAACAGCACCUCCACCUUCUGCUCCUGUGUUAGAUCCUAACCAAGGACCUUAUACUGGACCACUACCUCAUAUUUACCCCAAUCUAUAUGGCCCUGGAGCUCCUUUACAUGAUCCCAGAGUACAUGGUAAGUUCCUGGCUAUGUUAGAUCCUUAUAACCAGGGACCAUAUAUACUGGAGUACUACCCCAUAUUUACCCCAGUCUGUAUGGCCCUGGAGCUCCUUUACAUGAUCCCAGAGUACAUGGUAAGUUCCUGCCUAUGUUAGAUACUUAUAACCAGGGACCAUAUAUACUGGAGUACUACCCCAUAUUCACCCCAGUGUGUAUGGCUUUGGAGCACCUUUACAUUAUCCCAGAGUACAUGGUAAGUUCCUGGCUAUGUUAGAUGCUUAUAACCAGGGACCAUAUAUACUAGAGUACUAUCCCAUAUUCACCCCAGUCUGUAUGGCCUUGGAGCACCUUUAAAGAUCCUAGUGUGCAUGGUAAGUUCUUGACUAAGUUGUAUCCUAACCAGGGAGCCUAUAGUGGACAACUUCCUCAUAUUAGUGCCAAUCUGUAUGGCCCUGGAGUUCCUUUCUGUCAUUCUGGGGUGCAUGGUAAGUUUCACACCAUAAUGUGAGAUUCUAACCAGGAAAAGCAUUUACAUGUUUGUUUGCUUCUCAUGCAGACUUACUGCUUUUUGUUUUCCUUUUUCUGUGAUAGGUAACUUGCAACACAGCCCACCACCUCCCUAUGAAGAGAAAUCAGAAGCUCCUCCCAUCCCAGAGAAAUCAUGACAAAAAGUGAUAAAUACAAUCUACAGAUGCCACAGGCUUAAAAACGCCAUCAACCCAUCAUCUCAUGAUUAAGUCCGAGAGAGAUACUGCUUUUAGUAAAAUUCAACUCAAGGAUUCUUCAGAUCAUGGCAAUCUGGCAUUUGCUUAAGCAAAAAAAAAACACCAUGCAGUGACAGUAGUGUGAAAUAUUAGUUUAUCUUUCCAGUUGUACAUAAAUGGCAAAGUAAGUGAAAUUUUAUAGUCAAAUAACACUUGUAACUGUCAACAAAUAUUUUCAAAUUUAGAGACAAAAUUAAUAAAGUUUUCUAGUUUCUCUUGAUUUCAAAUGACUCACUCUGCAGCAAAGGUGCUUGUUGAAACCAUGAUGAGGGUGUGAUAUGUGAGUUUUUUUGGUUUAUACGGAUGUCAGGCUGCGUGAAUAUAAUGGUACAGAUUAGAGAAGGCAAGGCGAGAAGACCAAAGCCCAUAACUUUAUCGACGUACUCGUAAUUUCCAGCUGCUAAACGAUUUGAUCCAAUAAGCAACCAAAAAAGCAAAGAAUCUUAUCACAGCCUGACCAUUCUCUGACUUUCUUUAUGAUUGAGUUUUGCUUGUUAUGGGAAUUUUUAAAAACUGGGGACUUCAGCUCUCUCUUAAUUAGCUCUCUGCUGUGUGACACUCAGUGGCAAUUAGGGAACGAACUGUCAAGACAUCUUCAAGCAAAUGGUAAAGUAGGCAUUUUUUUUUCAACAGACUUUAUUUUCAUUCUAUACAAAGGC